AUGCAUAAAUCUUAUCAAUCAACACGUCCAUCUGCUAAUCGGCUUCUUCAAAAAAGAUGGGAUGAUAAAUAUUUUUCUGAACAUCGACUUUUGGUACGUGAUGCUCGGCCAACUGUUGAUACGCGUCCGCCAAGAACAUAUAUGCAUCUUCAUAUGAAAUUGAAAAAAUUGCAGAUUGAAGAAGAACGCUCAGCAACAAUCGAGCGCGAUAACCGCAUAUUGUUAGAAAAAAUGUCGAAUAUCAUGCGUACAACUGGUAGCAUUGAUAAUCAUAAUGAUUAUGAAUCGAAAAGUUUGAAUCAUGAAAAACGCCGCCGUGAAUUAUUACGUGUAUCGCGAGAAAAUUCAACAAUGAUUAAAAGAAUUGUAGAACGUAAACCAGACAUAAGUCGAACAAGUUGGUCAUCGAGUUGGUCGAAAAAUUUAUCAUAUUUAGAUAAUAUAUCGAAGUAUGAUCUUGAUUGGCAUGAAUCAAAACCGAUUAGCCGUCAACUACAUAGUCGAGAACCAUCAUCACGACGUCCCACAACUGGUCCACGUGAAAAUCGAAAUGCUAUUAAAAAUACUGCUGAAACAGAUGAAACAGAAACAACUAAACUAGAUAAAAAUGAAGCGUAA